AUGAGUCUGACUUCUUGGUUCCUUGUGAGUGGCGGGGGCAUUCGUCACCGCCUCCCCCGUGAGAUGAUCUUCGUGGGACGGGAUGACUGCGAGCUUAUGCUGCAGUCUCGGAGUGUGGAUAAACAGCAUGCUGUCAUUAACUACGAGGCAGACACUGACGAACACAAAGUUAAAGAUCUCGGUAGCUUAAAUGGGACAUUUGUCAACGACGUGCGAAUUCAGGAGCAGGUGUAUGUCACUCUGAAAAUGGAUGACAAGCUGAGGUUUGGUUAUGAUACAAACCUAUUCACAGUGGUACGGGGAGAGCUACAUGUUCCAGAGGAGGCGCUGAAGCAUGAAAAGUACACCAGUCAGCUUCAGCUAGCUAAGAAACCUGCAGAUGGAGGAGAGGUGAAGGGGGCAGAGGGCAAUCCUGAGGGGGCAUCCAAGCCUCCAGAGCCAACCAAAGGGGAGGAGAAAGCGGCAGUGGACACAGCAGUGGUUCACAGAGGAACCCCUCUGUAUGGACAGCCGUCAUGGUGGGGCGAUGGCGACGGAGAUGAUGGGAAUUCAAGAAAACAGGAGACCAAGACAUCUGACCACAAACAUGCCAAAGGUAGUGAAACAGUAAAGCAACAGAUGGCUUCUGAGGUUGUGACACAAGCCCAGGCCUGCCAGGAGCCGAGCUAUUUUGAGAUACCCUCCAAAGAGACUCUCCCAGGGGGGGACGGCGCUUCUGAAAACCCCCAUAUGCACCCCGACGGAGCCGCGGCACCCCAGCCCGCCCCCGGCCCGGAGACGGGCGCCCACGGCCACGCCUCCUUCACUAUUGAAUUUGACACCGCCGCCUCCGGUAAAGUAACGGUGAAGGACCGCGUCGCCAAGGGCAACCAGGAUCACCGUCAGCGGGUGAAGAGGGGAGCCGGAGAGGAGCUGAGCGCCCUCCAGGCGGCCAUGGUCGCGGCAGAGGUCAAAGUGGCGGACUGGUUGGCACAGAACGAGCUGCCGCUGGCGCGCUCCGAAUCCGUUGCCGAGGACGACGGCGACAGCGUCAAGAGUGACGUGCCCGUCCAGUUGAGGAGUCUGAGAGGCAGUAAACAUGAGGAUGGUACACAAAGCGACUCAGAGAAUGCUCUGGGAGAACAGCUUAGCAGCCGAAGAGCCUUUCUGCAGGACCGUUGCCGAGGGCGACCGGGUGUUUACAGGACAGAGGGUCCUUUCACGGCCAGAGAGGACCUGUAUCAGGACAAACCAAAGAAGAUGGCUCCGGUCGGAGGGGAAGCUGGCGGCGGUGGCGGUACAUACCACUCUGCCGCUGGUAGGGCCAAGAUCACCCCUCAUCACAGAGAGCAGGCCGCGGGCUGCCGGGAGGGUCCCGGCAGGGGCCAUGCGGAUGACCAGAGUGACAGAGGCACUUACACCAUUGAGCUGGAGAAUGGAAACACAGAGGAGGAGGAGGCCAGACGCAUGAUUGACAAGGUUUUUGGCGUGGAGGAUAACCAGGCCCUGACAAAGUUACGUUAUCCUGAACAUCAGAGAGACAGAGUAGGCAUCUGUCCAAGAACUGGAGCUACAGAAGCUAGAGGAGUUGGCCACGUUGCUGCUGAAGUUUUGCCUGAGGACCUGGUUGUAGUGGGUGGUCCAAGGUGGGUCUCUCAGUGGGCCAGCUUAGCUGCCAGCCACAUACGGACAGAUCCAGAGGGUUCUGGUGCUGAAUCGCAUGUCUUUGUCAGUGAUGAAAAAGCCUCUACUGGUCAAUCAGAACGGAAAAGAAGGACGCUCCCACAGGUCCCUUCGCAAGAGGAUUCAGUCCUGGAGGUGUUGGCCCCUGAGGGCCCGAGAAACCGGCCUGGAAGGAGAGCCCCAUCUUCAGAGAAACAGGACAACGAGAGUCAGGAGAAAGAGGACCAACUCCGAGGAACGUCAAAAGCAGCACACAGGGUGGCAGGAAUCAGCACAGGAACCGCCGAUAUGGGCAGGGGCAGAGGAAGUAAGCAGACGUCACCUAAAGCGUCACAGGAAGCUCGCCACAGUGCCGGUCAGCAAGGGAGCCCCAAAUCAGCAGGAGCAGGCGAGAAGAAACAGGAGGCUGGGAAGAGGAAGAAACAAGAGGAAGACAAGGAGAAAACGGGGAAACCUCUCCUCAGACAGGAGAGCUUCACAGUAGAGAGGCCGAGCACCAACGUGCCCCUGGAACUCAUUCCCUGCAUCGAUAGCACACAGCCCAGGGAGAUGCCCAGCAUCACAGAGGGCAUCGAUGCCACCACCCUCAUCAAAGACUCGGAGGCGGUGGCGGCUUUCUUGGAGACGACUCUGUCAGACCUAGCCGAUCCACCCAGCUACUCCCUGGAGGGCUCGUUUUCCCCCGAGUCUGAUAUUGACACCACCAGCACUGUUAGUCAAGCUGGUGGGGAGGCAGGACGCAAGGUAGUCCAAAAGAAGCGCACGGCUGGCGCAAACAAGGGCACAGGAGGAGCAGGAGCACAGGAGCAAUCAGACAGGAAAGGAAAAUUCCAACCCUCUGGCCAGACAGGCUCCCGCGCUCGCGCUUGGGCGUCGCUUGACCUCACAGACGAUGACAUUAACACCUCCUCUAUGCCCUCCGACGUCCACUCCUCUCAGCGGGAGAGGGUCAGCGCCCGGGCCCAUGGCCGGGGUCAACCCUUGAACCAGAAGGUGGAUACAUCGAGCGGUAGGGCCAGAGGGGGGAAGGCGACUACCGCGGCUCCGUCGUCGACAGGGUCAAAACCGGCCACGCUCCCGCGGCCAAGGCAAACUCGGGCUUCGUUGCUGAGGCGUGCUCGGCUGGGUGACACCUCCGACACGGACCUGGCGGACGUGGACCGGGUCUCUGUGGCGUCAGAGGCCUCUACAGCGAGCUCCACAUCCAGGCCCUCAGCGGGUCGGAGGACCCUGUCGCGGAUCGAAGCGUUAGCCCAGCCCCGGAGGCCUCGCGUGGGCUCGCCAUCGGCACGCAGCGACUCAGAGGCCACCUCCGGCCGGAACAGGGGUUUUGCCUCUCGCCCGGCCCCAGAGAGUGCACUGCGACUGGGGCUGAGGUCCACGGCAACCCCCUCCACUGUAGCUGUACCAAGAGCCAGGGCCAACAGUGCCUCCAAACUGCCUGAUAAAUCAGGGGGUUCUUCUUACGUCCCAAGCACCCCAGCAAGUAAUGGAAGGUGGCGACGAGUGCCCAUUGAGUAUGCUUCCACUUCUGAGGAUGAGUUUGGGUCAAACCGACACCCGUCCAAGCAUACCCGCCCUCGCCCCUUGGCACCUCGUGUGUCCCAGUUGGGCGGGUCCGCCCCUGCCACGCCCAGCCCGAGCGGCCUGUCCAUGCUCCGGCAUCAGGUCAGAGAGCAAGACGACUACAUGAGGGACUGGACGGCACACAGCGAAGAGAUUGCGAGGAUCAGUCAGGAUCUGGCUAAAGAUCUGGCCAUGCUGGCACGUGAGAUCCAUGACGUUGCCGGGGAGAUCGAUUCGGUUAGCCCCUCAGCGGUGGAGCACGCAGCUGCUGAUGAUCACGUUUUCACCGACAGCCAGGGCAGCACGCCGGAGAUCAGCGGGCGACCCGUGGAGCUCCGCCCACGUAGUUCCAGCAGCCAAGAGUCCCGCGAUCCUCGAGCCAUCCGCCGACGCACCUGGAACCGAGAUGAGGCUGUGUUGGACAGUUUGCUCCUGGCAUCAGUAUCCCAGCUCUCAGCCAAAAUCAGACAGGGUGUUGACAAAACAGCUGGAAAAAUUAGAAUUUUAUUCAAGGAUAAGGACAGGAAUUGGGAGGAAAUUGAGAGCAAGCUACAGGCUGAGAAUGAAGUUCCCUUCCUGAGGACAUCCAAUCAGGAAAUCUCCUCCAUCCUCAGGGACCUGAAGAGCGUUGAAAGACAGCUACUUGUGAUUGACAUCAUGGUGGAUCCAGACGGUACAUUGGAUGCUUUGACCAGCCUAGGACUGACUAGUCCACUCAUGUCUGAUCGGAGGGUCAGCCCUGGAUCACAGGUCCCGGUUACAUCCCAUCCCUCGGGGGACGGAACGGCUGGCGCUGCCCUUGAACCUACCGCUUCGUCAGUCCAUACCGAGGUGGCGGAGCGUGACUUCGGCCCCCAUGUGGACAGCCAGCCAAUCAGCAACGAGCAGAACACUGCCGGUCAAAAAUAA